AUGGCCAGCCCUGGGUGGCUGCUUCCAGCAUCUCUCCUUUCAUACCUGCAGUUUGAUGCCAACUUUUUUCUCCUCCAGGAAUGGAAUACAUCUUGCCAAAACUGGAAGGCUGUGGAAACUGCCCUGGAAAGGUUCUACCUUCCCAUUUUCUAUGGGAUGGAGUUUGUGGGGGGCAUGCUGGGGAACAUGGUGGUGGUCUUCGGCUACAUCUUCUGUCUGAAGACAUGGAACAGCAGCAACAUCUACCUCUUCAACCUGGCCAUUUCUGAUCUGGCCUUCCUGUGCACCCUGCCCAUUCUCAUUAGAGCCUAUGCCCUGGGCGAGCGGGCAUACGGGGUCGUGCUGUGCCUACUGAACCGCUUCCUGCUUCACACCAACCUCUACACCAGUAUCCUCUUCCUCACCUUGGUCAGCAUCGACCGCUACCUGCUCAUGCAGCACCCUUUUCGCAAUCACCGGCUGCAGAAGAGGGCCUGGGCCAUUCUGCUGUCGCUGGGCGUCUGGGUCUUGGUCACUUUGCAUUUGCUGCCCAUGCUCUCCCUCAUCCGUCCAGCUGAAAAUAGCACCAACUGCACAGACUAUGCUAGCUCAGGGGACGCUUUCUACAGCCUCCUCUAUAGCAUGUACCUGACGGUCGUAGGCUUCCUCUUGCCUCUCUGUGUCAUGUGCUGUUUCUACCUGAAGAUUGUCUUCUUCCUACAACAGAGGUCACUGCGGCUGGCCUCAGCCCUGCCCCUGGAGAAGCCACUGCGCCUAGUGGCCCUGGGGGUGUCCAUCUUUUCUGUGCUCUUCACGCCCUACCACUUGCUGAGAAAUGUGAGGAUCGCCUCUCGCCUAGAAGUCUGGUCUCAGUCGGAGUGCUCCCAGGUCAUCAUCCACACAUUGUACAUCCUUAGCCGGCCACUGGCCUUUCUCAACAGUGUCAUCAAUCCUGUCUUCUACUUCCUCAUGGGGGACCACUUCCGGGAUAUGCUGCUGAGCAAGCUCAGACAGCACUGCAAGACACAUGCCCUGUUCAGACGGUGA